CGCCAUUCGAUCUCCCCGUUCACAACUGGAUUUGCCUUCAGGGGCGCAUCUGUGUCGUUGAGUUUUGUCGGUGUCGUAGUGUGCCGUGAUUUCUUAUCUUACAAUGCGUACGCGAGCCCAGAAGCGUCAACACAUGCCAGAGCUGGCACAGCAGUUGCAAUGCCGCCUCCGUGCGCUUGAGGCUGCCUCCUCCUCUGCACCAUUGAGUCCGCCAGCCUCAAAGAAGCGUAAGACCGACGAUGCUUCCGCGUCUCCGUUGCUCCUGACCCCGCAUCAUCCUAAGCCCCGUACUCCCGCAAUGAGCGCCCAUAAGACUCCGGAGAAGCCGGCGGAGACCAAGACCAGCGUCGUAAAGCGCGCUGCGCUUUGUAGAACACUCCAUUACACUGAGGCCGAGAUCCCGGAGCCCGUUGAAGACCCACAGUCAGUACUACAGCGAAUAUGCUCCGGUCAGAUGCUUCGCAAUACUUUGCAGAUUGUCGGACGUGCCGAGGAGCACCAGAUCGUCCGUGACGUGCUGAAAGGCCUAGCAAAGCAAGGUGCAAGUCUCUUCAUCAUUGGACCCCCAGGAACAGGCAAGAGCUCGUCAGUAAACGAAUUGCUGAUCGAACAGGGCUUCGAAUCGGCUAAAUCGGCUACAAUGAAGCGGAAGUGUUCUGUGAAUCGCAACAAGACAGCAGUGAAACUCAACUGCAGCACGUUCACAGAUCCCGCAGUCUUGUACACUGCAGUGGCAGAGCAGGUGAAAAAAGUUACGAGCUGGAAAGUGCCCGAACAACUGGACCCAUUUGAGAUGGACAAGUUCGUUGCAACGCAGCGUCGCGGGUCGAAAGUGAAGAAACACUCGAUUGUCGUGGUGCUGGAUGAAGUGGAUCAACUGCUGCGUCUGCCUGUGCGUGUGCAGCCGACAGUGAAACAAGUGCUCCAUUUCUUCGUGCAAUGGGCUGCUGUUGCACCUCAUAGUGUCAAGUUCUUGGGCAUCAUGAACGGUGUCGACAUGUACGAGCAAGUCUCUCGUGUCCAUUUGACUGGAGAUAGUUCUACUGACUCGCACGUUCCUCGAGUCGUUUUCGGCUCGUAUGCACACCAGAAGCUACUGCUCAUUAUGCAGAGCUACGUGCAGCGUGCAUUGCCACCAAGCGCAGACGACACAGAAAUGCACAAGUUCAUCGAGCCGCGUGCAAUUGAACUCAUCGCUAGAAAAGUGGCAGCUCGUGAUGGCGACGCUCGUCUAGCCAUCAGCUUACUUCAGCAAUCAGCUCGUCAUGCUCUUCAACGCUGUAGCAACUUGGAGAAGCCGAUUCAAGUCAAGGUGACGAUGCGUGACGUGUUCCAGAGCACGACGUCAUUGCUGUCGUCUCCCAUUGUCCAGCAAAUCAAGCAACUACCUCGACAAGCCAAGCUGCUACUCUACGUGAUCACAGCGCUCGCCUCUGGCAGCGUCAAGGGACUGCAACAGUGUGAUAUGAACCAAGUCAGUGAAGAACUUGCACGUCUACGUAGCCAACCGCAGACUGCAUGGAUGCCUCGCUUAUCGCGUGAAGAACUACAGACGCACCUUAUGUCGCUCGACUGCUAUGCACUCGUCAAGCAAGGAGGCAACAAGAAUGGCAAACAAGCCUCUCGUUCCGCUGCUGCCAUGUCCGUUCGCACAUUUUGGACGACAAAGCUCUCGUCGUGUGUGUCAAUGUCCGAAGUAUCGCGCGCUCUACAAGACGACACCUCGCUCUCCCAACUACUAUUCUAACAAGUACAUCGUCAAACUUUAAUCAAAAUAUUACUCUCCUUUCAGCGA